AUGAUCGAGCGGAUUCACCGACAGCUGAAGGCCUCCCUACGCGCCGCGGCCCAUUCGGAGAACUCGACAGACAACCUUCCUCUGGUCCUUUCGGGCAUCUGCUCCGCUCUGAAGCCGGAAUUUGAUUGUUCCACAGCUGAACUGGUGUUCUGUGCCACCGUCCGACUCCCCAGUGAGAUAAUCUCGCCAACCCCACAAGGUGCGGUUGAGGAUCCCACCAACCUCCUGCAUCGCCUCCGGCAGUUUAUGCAGACACUUCCCACGAUUCCUCCCAGGUCCUGCGCCUCUCCGCCUUAUCUCAAGAAGGACUUGACAUCCGCUUUGUUUGCAAAUGAUGUAAAAUUAAGUCUCGCAUUACUAUAUGUAGCAAAUUUGGGUUGCUGAAUUUGGCCUACUGAUUCAAGUAUAUGGGAAAUUAUUUUCGAUUUAAUUUUGAAAGAUUUACCGGCUAGAUUUCAGUUGGUAGCCAGACCGCGUAUUGCAGGCGGAAGGCGUUUUUUACUAGGGUUAUUUAUUGGGGCUCCAUAAUCACAUCUGACCCUUUUGACAUCCAUCUCACGUUUAGGGUGAGAAUAACGAUAUCAAUGAAAGGUUUUCGACUUUCGGGUUAGGGUAAUGCCUUCACGGUUAAGUUUUUGGUUUACGGUUAUGGUUUGAGCGUACGAUUAUGUUUUGAGUUACGGCUAUUCCCAAGGGAUACGGUUACAUUUAAGAUCUCGGUUGGUUUUAUGGUUGUCGUGAGGGUUAACGGUUAACGCUUACGGUUGAGGUUAGGGUUAAGGUCGCCGUCCACUUUCCCAUUACUGGGUAACAACUGCGGUCUAGGCGAUCUACCCAUUUCAGUUAACUAUCUUAUUUCAUACUCAUAAGCGACAUGGCCUGCCGUCCUUUAGAUUUCUCCUUAAAUAAUCCUCUUUGUCACAUUUACUCGUUUUUGCUUGUGCAUUUUGUUACGAGUCAUGAAUGGGCAGUUGCAAUUCUACUGGAUUGGCGAAGCAAUGAAAAUUCGCAUGGACGACGUAUUUUAGCCAAUGUAUAUAAACAGAUGAGAGAAAGAACGGCCAAGGUCGGUAGAAUUUCGGGUAAAUGCUGGCAUUCUUUUGUGCAUGUUUGUGGAGAAAAAUCCGUAAUACUUUUGUAUUAACAUGCCAGUAUUACCGGUCGUUCCACUUCUUUGAUGGGUGUAACUGCAUCAGGUGUUUGGCCUUACAUCUUGUUUAACUAUGUUUGUUUACUUGGGUGCAUCAUUUAUUUAAUGCUUGUAUGUUUGAAUUUUCCUUUAAGAAAAGUUUAUUAUUUCGCUUUUUCCACUUGUGUUUGACUGAGCGCCUAACUCAACUUACUGUAGUAACCUUUUCUUGCCAUUUCGUCAGAACUUUUAUUUUGUGUUUGUCUACUUUUGUAAUUAAAAUUAAUUGCUUGUGUAACGUGUUCGUUUGACAUGGAGUUAAAAUAACGGGUUCGUUUGAAAAUGAUAUAUGUCUCUACCGGACAUGUCAAUGCUUUGUCAAGUAUUCCUGUUCGAUCACACCAAAACGCCUAUUAUUACUGGAUUGGUGUGUCCUUUUCUUUAUUGUUCGAGAUAGAGGGUUAUAAUUCACACUAUUACCAAUUUUGCCAGAAUUUAAGUAUAUUUUAGUGCAUUAGCCAAACGCAAAGACGAAGUAAUCCUUAAUAUGCAAUCUUCACUUUAUCGUUUAACGACUAACUAUUCGAAAUGCCUAGGGGUAGUCGUUAUACUAGUGGCACUGUUGUGUUUCCUAGACAUAAAACGCAAUUAUAAUGAAAACGACAAUUCGCACCAUUGUUCUUGUGUGAAUAAGACGGACGUUGCCGAACUUCAUUUCUUAGAUAUUUACUUGGCUAUCGUCGCUGAAAUGAAACCACAUACCUACGUAAUAUUUGUCCAAUUUAACUGUGCUACUUGCAUUUUAUAAGACAAAGUAAAGUAAAGCUUAAUCUAACUAGCCUACACUAAGCGAAUUUCAUCAUAUGUUGGCCGUCAGAAAGUUACAAAUGCGCGUCUCCUUCUGAUUUUAUAUUGUUAAGAAGAUAACAAUUCGGUUUUAAAUUUUUUUUCUAAUUCCCUAAUAAUUUGAACCCCAUCUGCUUUAACACUUGCAUUCAGGGUUUCCAAACUGCAAAUCAUAUAUUUUCUGCAUACGGAAAGCAAUAUAAUUAUAUAUAAGAUUAAGCGAGGACCAUGUAUGGUUCAUACAAUUUAGCAGUGGAUUUGAGCUAUGUUGUUAACUUUACAGACGACAUUGGUAGUUGCAGAGGUAUGAUGAUUUAUAUACGGCAGUUUCACAGUAUUUAAAAUCUCAUAAUUGUAGACUUUCUGAAACCGAAUUUUGCACGUAUUUUGCGUAUACAUUUUGAAAGAAAUCGUGCUUUUCUUUUGAAUAGGCAAAAUAGAGAAUAUAUUUUAUGCACAUUUUAGGAAAUAAAUUAAAUAUGAAAGGUCAUCAUAAAUCAAUUCGACAAUUGCAUGCUAUUUUAGUAGACCUUCCAUAGAAUUCUUCUUAAAUUCAGGCAGAAAUAAGUACGUUCGAAGCUAUCACCGUGGAGCAUUAUGGAAUAAUGAUGCAGGAUUAUAAGUCUUACAGUCCAUUGCAUUAAAAUUUUUUUUGAAACGAGAACGAAUAUGGAAAUUUUGAACGAUAUUUCAUGGGAAUAAACAACCUAUGUUGUAAAAGGGUGGCAUCCCGAUAAGUAUAAUUUAAAGUUAGAAGGUACUAAGGAAAAAUUUAGCAUUUUAUUACCGCAUUUUGAAUGUCGCUACCACCUGUCGUCGUCAGUUUGAGUAAGCAGAUAAAAAACGUUCGUCAUUGUUAAAACCAAAACAACAAUACCCCUUUGGUGACUCUCUCAGUAAGCGUAUGUCGUAUACGCAAUUAUAGAUGCAUUUUUUUCCUCUCUUUAAAUUUUAUCGAUUAAUUUAUGACUCUUCUGAAUUCGUGACUUUGCGGAUUUUCUGCUGAUUCUGCUACGAGACGGCGAUAACGAUGCAAAACCAUGCCCGCUCAUGCGAACACUGAAAGCCAAUAAUGCUAUUGAUAUAAUCAUGCAUAUACAUAACCUGCACUUGCUUUAAAAAGAAGGCAUACCAUUUGUCAAAUUUAAACGAAGAUAUAUGCUUGAUCAUGACCAACUGCUUUUGUGAAUGAAGAAUAUUAUCGCGUCUUUACAGCAGGCCAUCCUAUCUGAUUAUUUGAUAAAUUCGAAAAAAAUGGCUUUCUUUUCUAAAAUUGUUAGUCCUUUUGCAGAUAGCUGUAGGUCUAAGUGAAUGAAGUGCACGCCCUGUCUUGAGCAGCUCAUGCAGUUUUAGUGGUGUGUCCGGGCGACGCUGUAUAACAAGACUUUGCAUCAAAAGCCGUAUUUCGUCUAUGGACUUGUGGUCCAGAAAUAGCCUGUUUUCAAGAAUAUUAUUUAAGGCCUUAUUGUGUAAUCUCGCUAGUCCCUAACUCGAUGACGUAGGGAAUAUUCUUUGUGAGUUGUAUACAACUCCCUUCUACGAGCCAAUAAAUGGCAGUGCCAUCGUAACAAUUUCUGCUCGUCCAGUGGCAUCCUGAACUGAUGCGGCAUAAUUUGGAUUAAUUUUUCUCUUCUCUCGCUGCAUCGGCAUUUCGGGCGAUAAAUUGCCGGCUUUUCAGUUGGUUGCCAUCUAUGUCACUUACGUGUCUCGCUUAUUUCCUGUUACUGCAUCACUACACUUUCGCAAAAUGUCGUUUAUUGUUCGGUUUGUAUUCAUAUCUGGCUGCCUAAUUAACCAGUAUCACUGAAAUAGCUAUUUGUUGACUAUGCUAGGGGGUGCUCACCGAUCGUUCAUACGGAACUCACUCGUUCCGUUGUGCCUUAUGGACUCUCUCUCUCUCUAGCCCAACCAGCAGCCGCACAGCAGCGCAUGAUAUAUAGGCAGAAUGAUAUUACCUUGCCUUUGUCGCUAAUAUCAUACUGCCUAUUUGUUGACUAUUUGUUGUCGGCGCCUUUUCAAAAGAAUACGAGAGCACCUUCCGGCAUGGCUGGCAAAUGGAGAAACUAGGAGGAAAGACAGCGCCAUCUUUGCGCAUGUGCUGGAGUUACGACAUCGUGUGAUACCCACUUAAGCAUUUCGUGUGAUUAACAAUGUCCCCUCGAGCUACCCUAAGCUACUGGGUCAGCGCAAAUUAGCAACAUCAGAAGCGGCCGCCAUAAGGUUACGAAAACCGUCCCUUUGUGUCCAAAAGAACACUGUUCAAGACUAAUCACAUACAACUUUCUGCGCCCUUCCGCUCUUACCUAGCCUGUAAUUUAAAAUCUAACUUUUAUCGAUUUUCGUUUCACUUACUCUUACCCGCCCUAUGUAACUGUAUUAGGCUGAUAAGAAUUCAUCGAAAGAAACGUUCACUCGCCACUUUCUCUUCUAAGCAUUAUUCCGUUUAGAAUUUUCUUUUGAUUGCAGGUACGUUGCGGAGCUCAGACAUUUUGCGCUUCAAAUUAUAGUUACUGACUGUCUUUCAAGGAAAACCUGUUCGCCGACAGGCCAAAUUGGUACUUUGCUAGGCUAUAAAAUUUGCAGUGAUACGCAGCUCACAUCAAAAAGUCUAUUUUUGCCGAUUCCAUUAGCUUGGCCUCAUUGGUUUUUAUUUUUGAGAAAGACAGGGAUAACGUACUUGAAAAUUCGAUAAAUGCAUUGGUCAUCAAGUCUUACUUCUUGCAUCUUCUUCUUAUUCUUCUCCAAAGAAGUCAUUUUUAGUGUAUUACCGGAGCACACGAAGGGAAAAAUUUUUAAAAUGUAAUCUCCGAAUUUUGCGGUAACGAUGAUUGACUUUGCAAUACUCGAGUUGCUUAUUUUCAAAUCAGAAUGCCCAAUUGGUUUAAUUUUCGUGAUUAAAGGUUAAUACCGCAAACUGUCUGUUUGUUUUGCCGAUUUUUACAAAAGUCCUUGUACAUCAGUGAUUUGCUGGUUAGAGGCAGACCUUUUCGCAAUGCUCGAACUUAUCCUUUACAAAUCAUGAUGUCUAAAUGACAUACUACACAUAUGUGGCGUGAACCUUACUUUGCAGAAAUUUUCUCUAAAAUCUGAUUUAGCCAAAAGUCGUCAAUCCCUUUGCAUGGUAUUGGAACGUGUUAAAAAGGGAACAUUUGAGAUGUCAUUAUAUCUACACAAGAUCACAGUGCCUUCGGUUGCGUCUUUAGGACAGCUGACGUUAAAAGAUCAUGUUUUUUAAUCAUAAAAAUACUUCCUCAGUAUGUGUGGGUUUUCCAAAACAACUACUUUUGAGUGAAAUGCAUUCCAUGUUUGCAGAUUAUAGCACACAUUUUUAUACAACUCAACAUCUACAAGGAGUGUGAAUUCUGCAAGAAUGCAGAUGCAUAUAUACUCUUCUGAGAUUUCGAUUAUAUGUAGGUUCAGAAAAAAUAAAAAUGACGUGUUUGUAAUAAAAUGAACAUGAGGAAUUUCGCAAAAGUGAUAUUCGCUCAAAGCACCUGUUAGAACAAAAUAAUAUAAUUUUCGCAGUGUCACAUUUGUUUUAAUAAAUAAACAGAAUAUGAAUCAUGUGAUACAGGAGAAAGCCAAUGCAAUCGUGGAGACCUCUGAUGCAAGAACGUCCAGUUUAAGCAGUAAAUUUUGUAUCCAUGGUGUUACACCCUUCCAACGUUGUCUCCGGGCAUUCUCGACAAUACUAUUAAAACAAAUCCGUUAAAAUGCAAUAGCUCGCGUUCUGCUAAUGCGCUAGAUGCGAUCAAGAAGUCUGCAAUUGCGUCCACAUUUUUUCACGUAGAAGUUACGUUUGUCAACACUUGCGGGCCGAGUGACCAUUGCUAUGAGAGGGUUCAUCUGAAAAUAUAACAUGGGUAAGAAUCGUACAAAGCACACGUGCAUUCGACAAAAUUCCAAUAAAUACUCCACAGAGGCGAAAUCCCUAAUGCUUAACUUGCCUAAUUAUAAUUUUAAAGACAUUGAUAAUAAUGCGUUAGUAUGUAUGUCGUAAUCCCGGUUAUAGUAGUACAGCGUUUUGUGCCGAGUUUCGUUUGUGGGUGUAAGUGUGAUUAGUGAGCAGCUAAGGUAUGCUUCUAGCAUCGGCAUUUCGUUUUAAAUCAACAGUUUCAAUUAUAUAUCACAUUGCCGUUUACAAACAACCUGUAUGUAUAUACAAAAUAAAACUGAUAAGAAAUGUAAUUUCACCUAAAUUAUCCACGAAAUUAUACGAGUGGUUUACAUUAAGUAAUUAUUUCAUUCAUAUGCGUAAUGUGGGCGUUUAAAACGAGGAUGUACGCUAAGUUGUAGUAUACACUAUAGGCUGUGAGGAUGCAAGUAUUUUAGGUAAUUGUGCUUACUGUGUAAAGCAGACGAAUAUGCAUCAGCGAAAAUGUUACAUUGCACGUCAAUCUGAAGGCGUGUGCUUCAACCGUUUGGGACACAAUGAAGCAAUGAUGAAUUAUUGGUUCAAACCGAACCCGGAUGAUUAAGUUUGUCGUGGUAUUAUCAACAUUCUGCCUGUGUACACUAAGCACUGAAUUCCGACUUAGUCGAUCCAGCAAGAUGUUGGCAAGCCGCAAAUUCUCCCCGAAAAGUAGACACGACAUUGGCGCUAAAAUGCCAACUUAUGGACAAGUUUAGUUAAUGGCAAAGCCUAUUUGAAUAUUGCGUACAUAGAAGUAAGUUUAAAUUACAAAUUGCGAAAAUUGCAGUCCCUCGUGGAAUUUCAAUCAUGAAUGUCCAGUGCGCCGACCUUCACAUUUAAUAUGUCAGAAUAUGUGUUUCAAAAUCAAAAAUGUGGAUUCCACAAUAAAGUUAUUCGAAUUAUUAAUGCCUAUUUUUCAAGUAUAUUAGGCAAUUAAGUAAAUUGCAGAGCCUACUUAGAGACACAUGUAAAAAGUCGGACAGUACCUGAAGCGACGCGAAACACCGUAAAAUUUAACUUACAUACGCUGAUUUCGUACUUGCAGGCUGUGAGUAAAGACAAGUAAUUACGGAGUGCGAAUAGUGUGAGAGAUCCCAGAGAAAACAUUCGCUGAUCUUGUGCGGCGAGGGCAUAAGGAGAUGUGACCACAGACUUUAAUGGCGGUCGUACUGAUCAAAUGGUAUUGUAAUGCUUUAAGGACGACACUGGUUGUCUUAUGGUCAUUAGGAGUCAUCGUGCGCUAAAUGCGCCAUUUAUCGCAGACGAAGUGCUUAAUUUAUUAGUCGCAUUUAGCAGUGCUUAUCCGUCAUUAACACAAAACAAUGUAAACCACGUGCGUUGCUUACAUUUCAAAGCGUAUGCCGCCCAAUAUAACCGGCCGAUCUGGAUUUUCGACAGUGAUUAAGCAGAUGAGCAAAGGCUGCUGCUAUGGAGGCAAAGGCGACAAGCGACAGGCGACAUUUGUGAUACAUGUCUCAGACACAGUACUGGCAACUGUCCAAUAUAGCAGUUUACUGAACCCCGAGAUGCCGAUAUCUACGCCGCUGGCAAAACUAGCAAACUGCUAAACAGCUCGCUUGCCUGAAUGCAUUUUCUCUGAUUCUCAUCCGAUAUGGAGAAAUAAUAGAAAUACAGUCAGGUGUGAUUACAGUAGGGGCUCACCGAUCGGGUUUCAGAAAAUGCUCGUUCCGUUGCGCGUUGGGGCUCGUACUAGUACCCUCGCAUGCAGUCGCACAGCGACUAAUAGUAGACAUAUUUUAUAUGGUGUCGAUAAAUACAUACACCGAUAAAUGAAUGACCUUUUAUACAUUAUUAAUCGUCAUCAACCUGUCAUACCCAACCCAAAGUGUGGAUCACUUGAGAUUCGAACCUGGAGUCUUUGGUCAUGGAAUUUGGCACUCUGCCAAAUGUCGACGCAAAGCAUGACUGGGUUUCUCGGUAAAACCUGUGUUUAGAAUAUUGUAUAUCGUAAUUUUUAUACAUAUUAUUAACUAGCUUUUGGCAAUUCAUUGAGUAUAAGGCAACCAUCCCGUUGUGGCUGAUAAACUUUGCACUGUUCGGUCUGUUGCCAACCGCCGAAGGUCCCCAUUACAGUUAAUCGCAAUCGAUUAAUGACCCAUUGGCUGCAAGCGAUGUGUUUUUGAAGCUAUAUUGACAGGACAACAAUGAGUAAACUUUUCCGAAGCACAAUAUCUACCACAUACGAAACUAGACACAAAACGCUGUACUCCACCGAUCCGAUUUUUGGUGUGAAUUCCGGAAUAUGGAUGCCAGUGUCUGUCGAUCUGUGAUUGGGUGAUAUUAUUUACCUCUUCUCAAUGAUAUAUCAACUUCCAAUUUAGCUUUGGUAUUGAAAAUGUGGAUACGAAACCAUGCAAAGGAUAUAUGUCAUGUGUAGCGUAAAUUAUUAGACAAAUAACAAUGUUGCAAAAAUCAAAAUGCUCAGUCUUGGAAAUAUAUGUAAUGUCAAGUGAAAGCACAGCUGACUUCCUCAGUUAUGAACUCUCACCGAUUCCGAUAAAAAAACUGGCCUUUUGAUAAUGUAGACUUCCCAAAGUUUGGUAUCCUUCUUGAUAAGUAAACAAGUAAAAGUCUCCAAAAUGAGUUCAAGAAAUUUGACCCUAGCUGCGUGUUAGGAACAUAUAGCAGGAUUCCACAUCACCAUCUAUCACCGAAAAACGAGUCGCUUUGGGUCAAAUAUUGGUAUACUAGGAUCUGAGUUACAUUUGAUGCAGAUGUUAGGACACGAAAUAUUGACCAAACUCGGAAUUUGGCAGAACGCCACUUAUAUAACGUGGAGAUGUCUUCUUUCAGGUCGAACUAAAAAGGAUUACUAACGUCGGCUUUUGGCAUUAGGGCGACUUCCCAUUAUCAACGAGCCUGCGAGCAGAAGCAUGUAAAUGUCUGAAGAACUCAGAUAGAUAAAUAGGCCUCUCAAACGCAAUGGCUUUUAUAUCGUUGACUAGACAGCUAUUCACCAUCGUUUGGUAGUAAUUAUGGAUGAAAAUGACGUUUUUGCACCCCCUGAUAAUAAAUAUUAUUGAUUUAAGCGAGUUAUUCUUUUCAAUCAGUUAAAGCAGUUCAAAGAAGCAUCUAUCCUAUUCGCCCACAAAUGCCUAAUUAUCGUUGGUCAGAAUUCAACUACUUCGGAAUUCACUGAUUGAGAACAUUUGCCGGGUUUGAAGAAGGAGACACACUGACUAGAACAAAAGCUUUAUUAGCCGAAAGUUUCGGAUUCCUGAUCUAACACACCAUCAGAAACAAAAACAGAUAGGGUCAUAAACAGCGACAUACUUCAUAUAAAUUUGGUGUUUUGAUCGAAAGGGACCUAUGACGGCGAACAUAGACGAAGUGGAUUAAUCCCUGCAGUUAGAGGCAGAUUCUGCUUUAGGGGCAAUAAAGUGUGAAUAAUCUAAAUUCUCAACUCCAAACUACUUUCGCCGCACGUACUGCGCGUAAAGCGUGUAUGUGAAUGAGCGCUUCUAUGAUCGUGCGAGAGAUAGCUGAAUGGUUCAGCGGCUAGGUGUGCGUGAAUUGAGUCCGCUUUGGCAUAAACACCGGAGUCUUGUGGACGUGCCUACGUAAGCGCAUACUGGCAUGUAAACGAUACAGACAGUAGACGCUUUGGAAGACAUGGCUGAAGGUGGGUUUAACAGUGAAUUGGAUACGUCUGUCAGCUCAAACUCCAUGACCUGACCUGUCCUAGCAACAGCAAAAGCAACAGCAAAAACAACUGUUCAUGGUCCCCCUGUAACAGUCAAGACAGCGUUGUAUCACGCGUACACAUGCUGAUUUCUACUCAGUUGCUCACUUUAAGGCUAACCACCAUCAAGACAGCUGAGCCUAAUUACUUCAGUUAAGGGAAUGCUUGAGGGGAGUUCUUUUAAAAUGACAAUCCAUAAAGACGUCGGCAUGCAAGCAGGCAGACGUCUACUUUGGCAAUUGCCAUAAAAUUUAAUGUGUCAUCAUUAAAAGCUGCAUUUUUGAUAUGAUAAGUUGUUGCCAGUGCAUACUGCAAUUGGCAGGUCUUGAUGUAUAGCUAUCAUCAAGUUAAAUUCUUUGCCGACCGAACAGUUGUAUUGAAUUUUAAUUAUGUUUUCCAUGAAACAAAACUGAGUAAUGCAUGUUGUUGGUGACAUCUACCUUUCUUCGAUACGAGCCGAGGCUCUUUGAAAGGCUUUCACUGCUUCUGAAUAAAUUGUACACGAAAUGUUACAUUCAAGAAAAGCUGUUGUUUUAAGAUAAUCAUCUUAGCACUUGCAUCUUUCUACAACAUCUCACUGUAGAAAAAUGUGCUCCGCUCGGAUAUCUUUUCCCAGCACUACUUCAGGAAAUGCCCCUUUUUUCUCAAGUUCAAUAAGGUUUCUAAUUUCCAGAGGAUAUCAUCAGUAGGCUGCUGGCCUUCAUCGAGCAUGGUGUUCUUUAUAAUACAUGAGCAGCUCGCUAAGAGUGCAACAGGCCAGACGCAGACAGCUCUUUCACGGUCGUUACUGAUCAUCACUAAGUCAUAAGCCUUAUGAAGUGAGGUCUAUAAGCAUGUCAAGCGGACGUUUGACUGACGAUCGGUAACGACCGUGAAACAACUGUCUGCCUCUGGCCUGUUGCACUCUUAGCGAGCUGCUUAUCUAUUAUAUGUGGUAUGUGUCCUCUGACGCAGCGUUCGUUGUCGCCAGUAGCAAGCUGGUGAACGGACAGAAUGGGAUUGAGUGAGAUCCUAGCCACAACAGUGAGAGUCAAACGCCCGCGUGGCAUGCAUAUAUAUAUAUAUAUAUAUAUAUAUAUAUUGAAAAACAGGCAUCCCAAGAAAUAUAAUUAGAAAGAUGAAGUUCUUUGGGAAACAGCAAAAUUUUAUUGUGAAUUUUCGAGACUGGUUCCCCAGCUCGUCUUCAGACAAUGGCCGUGUAAAAACAUUUAACUUUUAGCCUGAGUCUAGCAAAAGGAGUCAAUGAUUGGUUAAUAUUGUCAUCUCGGGAUUUGCUGACUCAGUUUGAAUCUGUCUUUAACGAUUUUGUAUGCGGCGUCUAAAUCGAUAUGCAUAGGAGAACACUCGCAUUGUUGGCGCCUGCCAAUCAAGAAAAGGCGGCGAAUUCCUGGAAGCAAUGCAGUCAGAUGAGGCAUGCAUCAACCGGCAUAUCGAUUUAGACGCCGCAUACAAAAUCGUUAAAGACAGAUUCAAACUGAGUCAGCCAAUCCCGAGAUGACAAUAUUAACCAAUCAUUGACUCCUUUUGCUAGACUCAGGCUAAAAGUUAAAUGUUUUUACACGUCCAUUGUCUGAAGACGAGCUGGGGAUCCAGUCUCGAAAAUUCACAAUAAAAUUUUGCUGUUUCCCAAAGAACUGCAUCUUUCUGAUUAUAUUUCUUGGGAUGCCUGUUUUUCAAUUUAUACGUAUGAACUUCGAGCGGAGUGUUCUGCCUUAUGCUCGACGAUGGGAAAAAUGUGCUAUUCGCGAAAGUUUGACCCGAGAACAAUUAUCCUUCUUACACCGAUGUCGAAGCAAUAGGAUUCUACCAAAAUCUGUGCGAGUGAAACCAGCAUUAAAGUCAUCUCAGGGCUAUCAGAUUGCUACCCGGUAUGGCCAACAAAUGCUUGGAGCCUUUAUAACUGAUGCGCAUCAACGACUUCGCAAAUUCAAAAAGCAAAAAGAACACUACAUGCAAUUUUGCCAUGAUCAACUGCCUAUUCACUUAUUUGAAAUUCUACAGGAAACCAUCAUACAUGUCGCAGAACUAGAACGGAUAAAAAAGAGGAGCACCUUGGACAAAAAGUGGGCAAUUAUUUCUCGUAAAGGUUGUACUAAUUCUACAUGUCCAAGGAAGGUCGUAAACCUAUCCGCUUGGGUCCUAACGGCAACAGAGGAAAGUGUGCUGUGCAAAGGAAUGAAGUACAAUCCAUCUGACUCCAACUACUUAGACUUUCUUGCCAACCUCGAAUCAAUCAUAUCAUCAACCAAUCUUGCCGAAGAAGAACAAUUCACCAUUCGCAGCAGCACUGUACAGGCAUUGAAGAACCGAAAAAAGUUCUCAACGCUAUCUUACGAUGAAACGAAAGCCCUUAAAGCUCUAAAACAAGACGAAGACAUCAUCAUUCUACCUGUCGACAAAGGAGGUGCCACCACUGUUUUGAACAAAACAGACUACACAGACAAAAUGAUGUCACUCUUAAAAGAUGAUUCAACAUACGAACCUCUAGCUGCCGACCCCACCAAAUCGCAAAACUCACAUAUUGAAAAAACACUGAAACGCCUUUCGGGCAGGAAAUUAAUCACAGGAGUCCUUGCCAAGUCUUUAAAACAGGAUGAACCAACAAUUGCCAAGAUAUAUGGUCUUCCCAAAAUUCAUAAAACUGAUAUUCCGCUGCGACCGAUAGUCUCUCUAAUCGGUGCACCCAACUAUAAGAUCUCGAAAUGGCUAUUUCGUCAACUACAUCCACUAACGAAGAACUCCGAGAACUCCAUUCAGAAUUCAAAAGAGUUUCUAGACAAAUUAAGCGGUGUCAACAUCACAUGUGACGAGAUUAUGGUGUCAUUCGAUGUGGUCUCGCUUUUCACUUCGAUUCCGCUAGAUUUAGCAAAAAGCUGCACCGAAGAACUCCUUCAAACAUAUACUUCUGAGGUACCUCCAGAGGCUUUACUUCAACUCAUGGAUCUCUGUAUGGAGACAAAUUUUUCCUUCUCAAAUCAAUGCUACCGACAAUUAAAAGGUGCCCCCAUGGGUUCACCAAUAUCCGGUUUCCUGGCAGAAGCAUUACUGCAGAAAUUAGAGAGCAUAGCCCUUCCCACAGUCAAUCCAAAACUUUGGCUGCGAUACGUAGAUGACACUUUUGUCAUCGUCAAGAAAGAUCAGUUGAAUCUACUCCAUACCAAUAUUAACUCCAUAUUUCCAGGAAUUACAUUUACUUUGGAAACAGAGGUCGAUGGACAACUCCCAUUCCUGGAUGUCCUUGUACGUCGAAAAACCGAUGGAUCACUCCAGACAUCAGUUUAUCGCAAAAAGGCGUAUUCAGAGGUCAUCCUACACUUUGAGAGUAACCACCCUGUCUCUCACAAACGGGGUACAGUCUACAGCCUUCUGAAUCGAGCCAAAACCCACUGCUCUGACGAAACAAGUUAUCGAGCAGAAAUGAAAUACCUCUACAAACUGUUCUCCCAAAAUGGGUACCCGAAUGACUUUAUACGUCAAUGCAUGAGGUACCAGCAACUCAAGGGAAAAGGUAUUUCCAAUACUACGGCCACUCAGGCACCAAAACAAACCACAUGGCGAACUCUCCCAUACGUCAAAAAUGUAUGUGAACUUGUCGAAAGACAAUUGAAAAAGUACCAGAUACACGUAGCACACCAGCCGGCAACUACCUUACGCACACAGCUCGUGCACCCUAAGGACAGGGUCGGCUUCCUUGAAAGAAAAGAUGUCGUCUACAAAAUCCCGUGUUCUAGUUGUGAUGCCGUUUAUUGUGGCCAAACUGGGAAAUCUGUCUCAACCCGUUUACAUGAGCAUCAGUUAGCGGUGAAGAGACGCGACCAUUUAUCCCAGGUGGCCAUGCACACACUAGACACUGGGCAUAAAUUCGCAUGGGAGAACACUCUUAUUGUUGGCGCCUGCCAAUCAAGAAAAGGCCGCGAAUUCCUGGAAGCAAUGCACUCAGAUGAGGCAUGCAUCAACCGGCAUAUCGAUUUAUACGCCGCAUACAAAUCGUUAAAGACAGAUUCAAACUGAGUCAGCAAAUCCCGAGAUGACAAUAUUAACCAAAAAUUGACUCCUUUUGCUAGACUCAGGCUAAAAGUUAAAUGUUUUUACACGACCAUUGUCUGAAGACGAGCUGGGGAACCAGUCUCGAAAAUUCACAAUAAAGUUUUGCUGUUUCCCAAAGAACUUCAUCUUUCUAAAUAUAUAUAUAUAUAUAUAUAUUAAAGGAGAAGGCUCGUCGGAAAAUCGAGGUAUACUCGUGAAUUUUCAAGUCGGUUACACCAACCCGUCGUCAGACGAAAAUGAAAAGUGUGAGGGAGAUAAUCCUACUGGGGAGUCAGGGGGACAUCGAGGUUACAUCGACAAGACAGGCGUUUAUGUGUGGGGGGUGAAGAACGUGUUUGGAUAGGUGGCGGACGUUAGGGGUGGUGUUGGGGGUUUCACACAUGGUUCACUCUGUGGGGGAGGUGCUGAAUCCAUGAUAUUCUACAUGGCCGAACAUGGAUUAGCAGUUGGUGGCUUAAGGUGGGCGCAAGCCGGCGAACCGUGAACGUAAGCCUUCGUAUUGAGCGUCCAAGUCGACAUGGCGGUUGAUGCUAUUGCUAUUAGAGUGCCAAGCUUCUAGAAACUCUCGCGCUUGUUUGGUGUUGGCACUAGCGAUCACUUCGGUCCCCUCCCAGUUGAAGCGGUGAUCACACUCAAGGGAGUGCGCAAACACGAGAGACAAGGGGUCCCGUCGGCGGAUGGCCAACUUAUGUUCGUUAAUGCGGGUCCCAAGUCGUCGGCCGGUAUGCCCAACAUAAACGCUAGAGCUAAAUUCACGAGUAUACCUCGAUUUUCCGACGAGCCUUCUCCUUUAUUAUAUCGCCUCGGAAUGCAUACUACCUCCAUUAUUCAUCAUAAUUUUGGGCGUCAUACGCUUAUUAUUACCAGACGCUGGGAGAAAUUCUCACAGAGACAGGCGACGACAUCCGAGCAACUGACUUUCCUUCACCGCUGUCGCGAUCAUGGCAUCUUACCGAAGUCCCUUCGCUUCAAGCCCACUCUACCAAAUGAGACAGGAAGGCAACUCGCACGCAAAUACGGAUUCCGUGUUUUGAGUGCCAUUAUAUCAGACGUGCACCACCGACUUUCUAGAUUUGAGACAAUAAUCUCCGACCUUAAGAACCAGUGCUUCUCAUCCUUACCUGAAGAUAUCUUCGAAGCCAUACUACAACGUAUAAAUGCGACCUCAACAGAUGCCAGAAUGAAGAAGCGAGCCGAGUUGAAUGAUAAACUGCAAUCCCUUCUCUGUCCUACCGACAAGUGCAGCAUGUCUGCGAGAGUCGUUAACCUUUCGAAAAGGAGUCUAACACCUGCCGAGAUAAGCCUACUGUCAAAAGGACUUAAAUUCAACCAUACCGAUGCAGCACCAACAAACUUCCUAGCGAGUCUUGAAUCCGUCCUACUGGUUUCUGCUAUCCCUGAAGACGUGCGUGCGGACAUACGCAGUUGUGCCAGUGGUCUUCUUCGACAAAGGAGACGUCACCGUAACUUGACCAUCGAUGAAGAAAAGGGGUUGCGAUCUCUGAAGACUGAUGACAGUAUCGUGGUUGUACCUGCUGACAAAGGAGGCGCAACCGUCAUCAUGGACAAGGCUGAUUAUGUUCGAAAAGCAAACACUAUCUUUAAUGACAGGGAAGCUUACGCACCCCUCGCUGAGGACCCGACGAAGAAGCAGGCCGCGGUUAUAAAGAAGAAGGUGAAUGAACUCGCUCGACUGAAGCUGAUUAACCCAAAUGACUCCAAAUUCAUGACUCUCACUGAUCCCCGUAUCGCGCAUGCCUAUGGCCUUCCAAAAGUGCACAAACCAGAUGCACCAUUGAGGAUAAUAGUGCCACUCAUCGGGUCGCCCACUUACAACCUAGCCAAAUGGCUUUACAGGCAUCUGAAGCACCUCGCUGAUGGAUCACAAUACAGUAUCACAAAUUCUCAGGCAUUCCUUCAAAGGAUUGAAGGUCUUAAAGUAAGUCCUGAUGAAAGUAUUCUAUCAUUUGAUGUUGUCGCAUUGUUUUCCUCAAUACCACAUGACCUUGCCAUUGAGAGCGUGGCCCAUCGCUUACGAGACAAUCCGAUCGACCUUCCAACACAUCACGUUCUAGAAUUGCUUAAGCUCUGCCUCAAUAACUAUUGCCAAUUCGAUGGCAAAUACUACCAGCAGGUUAAGGGCACCCCAAUGGGUUCGCCAAUUUCGGGGCUACUUGCAGAACUAGUCUUACAACGACUAGAACAAGAUGUUGUCCAAAGUUUCCAACCAAAAACGUGGCUCAGAUACGUAGAUGACACAUUUGUCAUCGUUAAGACCUGUGAAGUUGAACGAUUUCACCAGAGCUAG